AUUAAAAACUACCGGUGGAGAGGGCGACGGCGUUGAGUGUGCGGCGGAAGCGCUGGGGGCCGCGGCUCGGCGCAGGGCCGGGCAGCCGGCGGCGUCUCCACACCAUGAAUUACCCGGGCCGCGGGUCCCCGCGGAGCCCUGAACAUAACGGCCGUGGCGGCGGCGGCGCAGCCUGGGAGCUGGGCUCGGAUGCGGAGCCGGCCUUCGGCAGCGGCGUCUGCUGCUUCGACCACCUGCCCAGCGGGGACCUGGGCGACGGCGAGGUGCCCCUGGCCCUGCUGCGCGGGGAGCCCGGGCUGCACUUGGCGCCGGGCGCGGAGGACCACAACCACCACCUGGCGCUGGACUCCUGCCUCAGUGACGAGAACUACGACUUCAGCUCCGCGGAGUCGGGCUCCUCGCUGCGUUACUACAGCGAGGGCGAGAGCGUCGGCGGCGGCAGCUCCUCAUCGCUGCACCCGCCGCCGCAGCCGCCGCUGGUCCCGUCGAGCGCGGGGGGCAGCGGGGCGGCGGGAGGAGGGCUCGGGGAGAGGAAGCGCACCCGGCCUGGCGGAACGGCCGCCAGGCACCGCUACGAGGUGGUGACGGAGCUGGGCCCCGAGGAGGUUCGCUGGUUCUACAAGGAGGACAAGAAGACUUGGAAGCCCUUCAUCGGCUAUGACUCGCUCCGCAUUGAGCUCGCCUUCCGAACGCUGCUGCAGGCCACGGGUGGCCGACCCCGGGCCGAGAACCCGGACGGCGACCGUGUGUGCGGCCGGGCCUCCAGCUCUGGGGAGGACGAGGACGAGGACCGCGUCUGCGGCUUCUGCCCGCGCGCUGCGGGGCACGAGCCCGAGAUGGAGGAGCUGGUGAACAUCGAGCGGGUGUGUGUGCGGGGCGGCCUCUACGAGGUGGAUGUGACCCAAGGAGAGUGCUACCCGGUGUACUGGAACCAGGCAGAUAAAAUACUAGUAAUGCGUGGACAGUGGUUUAUUGAUGGUACUUGGCAGCCUUUAGAAGAAGAAGAAAGUAAUUUAAUUGAGCAAGAACAUCUCAGCUGUUUUAGAGGUCAGCAGAUGCAGGAAAAUUUUGAUAUUGAAGUGUCAAAAUCCAUAGAUGGAAAAGAUGCUAUUCAUAGUUUCAAGUUGAGUCGAAAUCACGUGGACUGGCACAGUAUGGAUGAAGUAUAUCUCUAUAGUGAUGCAACAACAUCUAAAAUUGCAAGGACAGUAACCCAAAAACUGGGAUUUUCUAAAGCAUCAAGUAGUGGGACCAGACUUCAUAGAGGUUAUGUAGAAGAAGCCACAUUAGAAGACAAGCCAUCACAGACUACCCAUAUUGUAUUUGUCGUGCAUGGCAUUGGGCAGAAAAUGGACCAAGGAAGAAUUAUCAAAAAUACAGCCAUGAUGAGAGAAGCUGCAAGAAAAAUAGAAGAAAGGCAUUUUUCCAACCACGCAACACAUGUUGAAUUUCUGCCUGUUGAGUGGCGGUCAAAACUUACUCUUGAUGGAGACACUGUCGAUUCCAUUACUCCUGACAAAGUACGAGGUUUAAGGGAUAUGCUGAACAGCAGUGCAAUGGACAUAAUGUAUUAUACUAGCCCACUUUAUAGAGAUGAACUAGUUAAAGGCCUUCAGCAAGAGCUGAAUCGAUUAUAUUCCCUUUUCUGUUCUCGGAAUCCAGACUUUGAAGAAAAAGGGGGUAAAGUCUCAAUAGUGUCACAUUCUUUGGGAUGUGUAAUCACUUAUGACAUAAUGACUGGCUGGAAUCCAGUUCGACUCUAUGAACAGUUGCUGCAGAAGGAAGAAGAGUUGCCUGAUGAACGAUGGAUGAGCUAUGAAGAACGACAUCUGCUGGAUGAACUCUAUAUAACAAAGCGACGGCUGAGAGAAAUAGAAGAACGGCUACAUGGAUUGAAGGCAUCAUCCAUGACACAAACACCUGCCUUAAAAUUUAAGGUUGAGAAUUUCUUCUGCAUGGGAUCCCCACUAGCAGUUUUCUUGGCAUUGCGUGGCAUCCGCCCAGGAAACACUGGAAGUCAAGACCAUAUUUUGCCCAGAGAAAUUUGUAACCGGUUACUAAAUAUUUUUCAUCCAACAGAUCCAGUGGCUUAUAGAUUAGAACCGUUAAUACUGAAACACUACAGCAACAUUUCACCUGUCCAGAUCCACUGGUAUAAUACUUCCAAUCCUCUACCUUAUGAGUACAUGAAGCCAAGCUUUCUCCAUCCAGCAAAAGAACCUACCUCAAUUUCAGAGAAUGAAGGCAUUUCAACAAUACCAAGCCCUGUGACCUCACCAGUCUUGUCCCGCCGACACUAUGGGGAAUCUAUAACAAAUAUAGGCAAAGCAAGUAUAUUAGGGGCCGCUAGCAUUGGAAAGGGCCUUGGAGGAAUGUUGUUCUCAAGAUUUGGACGUUCAUCUACAUCACAGUCGUCUGAGGCAUCAAAAGACUCAGUAGAAGACGAGAAGAAGCCAGUUGCCUCGCUUCCCACGACCACUGUUGCAACACAGAUCCUUCCACACAGCAGUUCUGGCUUUCUGGAUUCUGCAUAUUUCAGACUUCAGGAAUCGUUCUUUAAUCUCCCACAACUUCUUUUUCCGGAAAAUGUAAUGCAGAAUAAAGAUAAUACCCUCGUGGAAUUGGAUCACAGAAUUGAUUUUGAACUCAGAGAAGGACUUGUGGAAAGCCGCUACUGGUCAGCUGUUACGUCGCAUACUGCCUAUUGGUCUUCCUUGGAUGUUGCCCUCUUUCUUUUAACCUUCAUGUACAAACAUGAGCACGACAAUAAUGCAAAACCCAAUUUAGAUCCAAUCUGAACUCUUGAAGGACAUUAAUGGCCCAAAACGGAUUUCUUUCUGUUAAAAUAUGUGUGUCAAGAUAUGGAGAUUUCAGGUUUACGUGUGUUUCAGUUUUGUUUAGGGCAAGAAACAUUUAAAUUUAAAAGCACUUUAUUUAAAAAAACAAAAAUAUUUUUUCAGUCUGAAAGAAAUUAUUUACAGUUUUCAUCAUUUUAAUUAUGAAUCUGACAGAACCCCCUGCAGAAAAUCAAGCACGACCUGGAAUUGAGUUUGGGUUAUAAAUCACAAUCUAAUUUCUCCAAAUAUAAAGGCAUAUUAAUAAGUUGAAUCUAAUGUAUUAACCAAAAUAUGUUGUAAAUCUAAAAUGGCCAAGGUCCAGUGUAGUCUAUGUAAAGAUCACUGGUGGUAUCACUGUUGUAGAUUCCUAUGAAAGCUUCUAUUUCCAUAGUUCUUUGAAACAAGAGGAUGACAGAUUUCAAGUGUUUUGAAUUUAACUUGCUUAGAAAAAUUAAUGCUAAAAAAGAAACAAUGUUUGAACUACUGUAUUUAUAAUUUAUUACCUCUAACGGCUUUAUUUCAAUAUAUGAAACAUGACAUUUUUAAAAUGUUUCCUUUGAACAAUUUCAGAACCACCUUUGUUUUCUAUAGCAUUAAGACCCUUUUUUCCUCAAAACUCCAUCUUUAUACUCUUCAGAGGAAUAUAUAGACACUGUGGCAUACUUUCUGUAUUUUUUUCAUUAAAAACUUGUGGUUUCACAUAAUUAACACUAGUUAUUUUGAAAAAAAUGAACUUUUUAUUAUGUCACAUGUACCUCAGAGAAAGCUAAAGUUUUCUAAAUUUGACACAAAGUACUCCAUCGUGGCUACAUUUCAUUAACUUUAUUGGACAACUAGUAAACAACUUUGGAGUAGUGAGUACUUCGACUGUUUUAAAUAUAUAAACAUCGG